CAGGUCAAAGCUCUCUCGGAGAAAGUCGGUGCAGUCGGUUCCGUCUGCUCAGAGGAUGUGAGAGCAUGUGUCCAAAAAGACUGACAUGUAAGGAGUUCCUCAGGGAUGGGUUUCUGGUCUUCUGUUGAUUCCUUCGUACAAGGUACGUGUCAAAUGUAUAGAGAUUAUUCUGUUUACAUGCUUAUUGGUAUAUUUUAUCUUUUGAGAACUGGUACUAAACUUCCAAUUUGGUCAUAUACUGGAGUAAGUGUAAGUGAUAACUUGUUCUGCUAUCAAUAUUUAUGUGAUGCUAGCAUUUUCUGCUUCUCAACCUUCUCGUGAAGGUUACUUUUGACUUUGGCUGUGUUAUUUACUCUAUAAAAUUGUCAUCAUGCAGGACAAGUGGAAAUCAGUUCAGUUCAUUAUCCUUUGUAUAGAGGAGGUAAAAUGACUCCGGAGAAGCUGAAUGAGAAGGUUCUGUCGCUAAAUUUAUCCUAAAAGAUUUACAGUCUCUCACCACAGUGGAGGAUUCUGCCCUCUGGUGGUGGGGUGGGAAGGACACUCAUCCUCUUCUCUCAUGGUGCUCCACCACCUUUGUCUAUAAGCAUCACCAGUAUCCAUAUCUGUACCAAUAUUAUCCUCACAAUUGAUAUUAUAUCCACAGCCAGUAAAGGAUAGUUGCAAUUUUCUGCCACUCGGAUACAACAAAGCAGACACUGUUUGACUGCCCAUAAAAAAAGAUGUAGAAUGUUCCUAGCAGCAACCUUUAGACAGUGCCAGGGUCAGGCACCUUAACAGUCAUCAUAUAUUGGGUCUGGUCUGUUCAUUUUGAUUCAACAAAGGCUAUAAUCUACGUUUGCGUUAAUGUUAGCCCCCAACGAAAUGGUGUUUUCAUGUCUGUUAUGCAACAGUUUUGCUCUGAGUGAACACACACAUGUGUGUCUGUGUGAGAUUGCUGUGUUUGUGCAGCCGCCUUCCAUUAUUGAUUAUGCACUGACAUAUGCUUUGCUGCAGCAGCAGCAGCAGCACGACGACCAGUCCGACUAGUAACAGAGGCAGAAAUACUGGGCUUGACACAAAGGCUCCAGACUGAGUGAGGGGCAGCUGAGCAGCUACCUCCCAUCAAGCACUGAGCUGCAGUCUAUGGUUACACAAGAUCGCUGAACAAUAUGUUUGGUAACAUACUGCAGGUCUUUUCUCUGUAAUGCACGUUGAAUAUUUAACCAUGUGUUGUGUUUCCAUAUCUCUGUCCUAGCUGUCUACAUAAUCCUCUCUCUGCAUGUGCCGUCUGUGUGCAUUGCCAAACAACGAGCUAACACACUUCCACCAAAGGUUGAUGAUAACAGUGAUUGCAAAGUAAAAACAAACAUUUUGCAUGACAAAAAUGCGUAAAGAGGUAAAGAAAAUUCACAUGACCACAGCAAGUAUAACACAGUAAUCAUAAAAAAUAGGAAAAUACAGUAAAAGUAAAUGGAUGUAAAGCAACAGUAAAUCAGCUUAAUAAACACAAAUCUUUUUUUAAGUACUAAAAGUCAGGAGGUAUGUUAAAUAUUAUGCUAGUAUAAGCUAAUUUUUUUUUGCCAGCAAAACAAUGUCAAUAAAACCAUAACCACUGAGGAACCCUGUCAGUGAUGGUUGCUAUGGCAACAGGACGUUCAACCACUGAGGCCAGAACAGUAAAUCAACUCAAAAGAAAACUCAAAACACAAUGUCGCUCCAAGGCCAAGUCUCACAUAUGCACACACACACACUUGAUUUUAUAUCUUAGUGAGGACACAUCAUUGAAACAAUGCACUCCCCAGACCCUUACCUUAAUCUGAACCAUUACAACUAAGUGCCUAACCUUAACCCAGUUCUAAUCCUGACCUUAAAACCAGGUCUUAACCCUGAAAAAGGACUUUAAAGUUGUGGAGCCUAGACAAAGAUAGAAAGAAUACAAAUAUACACACACACACACACACGGUCCCAUACAGCUGCCAUCUCCCACAUACAGUGUGCUAUCGUUCUAUACUUCCAGGUGCGGGUCACUCUAUCCCACCUGUUUAAUUAUGCACAUAAAGAAGGCCCCCCCAUCUGAGGCUUGGCUCCAGCUCCAGUUGAUGCUGCUCCUUGGUCUUACUGUAUACUGGCUGCUUCAGAGUGAAGAGGGACCGUCUUCUGUUUCAUCAAGUAUCAUUUUGUGCCAUCCCUCUCUGCACCAUUGGGGGUCUUGGUCACUUAGAGGAUUACAAAAGAGGAACAUCUGUGGCUUUAAAACACGACAGUUACAAAGAGCAGUCGACAUGGAGAACAUCAAGCCAGUAAAAGAGGUGCCCCCCUUGCCUCGGCACCCUGUCGCCGUUCCCGCUGCCUCCAUGUCCAGAAAACACACCACAGGCUCCAUGCAGCACCUACAGUUGGCUUCGUCAGUUGUGACGUCGUUCAAUCAUCUGAAGCCUCCGGAGAGAGAUCUCACCCUCAUGUCUCGUAUGAGAUCUCUCAAGUCUCUGAGGCACGCUGGCUUCACUGCCGUCUUCACUGGACAAUCGAGGCUUGACAGCGAGGAGGUUUCAGACGAGGUGCCUGUCCUCGAUGUGAUUCUGGCUGACAUCGACUCCCUGGUGCCCACUCAUGACGAGGCCGGUCGCCCCAUAGCAGAGUGGAAACGACAGGUGAUGGUGAAGCAGCUGCAGGUCAGGCUGCAGGAUGAGGAGGAACAGACCACACAGGAAAUGACUAAUGGCCAUACAACAGUGGAUAGCUGGAAGUUCUGCCAAGCCCACAAUGCAGUCUUGGGGCCUUUCGGUGAGCUCCUAACGCAGGACGACUUGGUUUACCUGCAGCAGCAGAUUGAGACUCUUUCACUCCAGAAACACUGUCAGGCCUAUGAGCUGGAGCUGGACAGGCUAACCAAGGAGCUGAGGGCCAUUUUACCUGAUCCUAUUGUCAACAUCUCCCUCAACAAAGAGGUCUUGCAGCAGAUGAAUUCAGAGGGGAAAACGCACCUGAUUUUGCCUGCCUUGUGCAGUCGUAUUUCAGAGAUCGUUAAGAGUAUGUCUUUGCUUGUGGCCAAUCUGACCCAAACCAGAGAUUCGAGGGUUGAGAGGAGAAUAGUGGGAAGCGUGAAGAAGGAGAUUGAAGCUUUUCAGGGUGUAAAAGAUUUAGACCAGAGACUCAUGCAGCAAGGCCAGGCGAUGGUGCCAGCACAUGUGGAGACCUCUAGUGGAUAUAGGAUACCUCACAUAGGUAUGGCUUCUGCUUUCAGCCAUCGUUUGGAGGCCAACAGCUACAGCAGAGAACGGAGAGAGAGGGUAGAGAGGGAGAUCCAGCAGUCUGGGGUGUCGGUCAGAAACCUCAGAUCCAACUUUGAAGGUCAGAUCGGUGGAAUUUUUCCCUUUGCUGGAGUUGUGAAAGGAGGCCAUGGCUUAAAGAGCCAGACUAUGGUUGUGGCUUCAGCAGUUAAUUGUGACAAAUCCAGCACAGGCCCCAGCUGUGAGGUGAGCUGCUGUGAAGCUGCUAAAAAAUUUAUACCUGUUAUUGAAACAACCAGCUUGAGGAAAGAGCGCAUAGUGGUGCUGUUCCUGAGCCACUGGAAGAAGUCUGCCUACGCCAUUUCAUUAAGAACAGCAAAGAGGGCACGUGAGGAAGAGACAGGGAGACGAAGUCGAAUCACCUCCAUGUUUCAGUUCUGCCAACAACGAAGUGCUGUGAACAAGAUACUCAACACCUGGAAGAAGAAGCUUGAACUAAAAGAGAUGCAAACGCCCUGUUUGUCUACGUCACUGACACCCCAGUCGAGACUGGUAACCUACUCCCCAGAGCAGUUCCUGCCUGAUGUGAAUGGUGUUGCUGUAAGCCAUGACAGCUUGACCCUCAACCUCUUCAUGCUGGGAUACUUCCGCAUCUUAGAGCAGGAACUGUCACCCGAGGAGAGGAAGAUGAGGCACCUCCUCUGCUUUGAGGUCUUUGACCGUGUUGGCAGUGUCUCCUGGGAGAGACUGCUGGAUUACCACAAGGCCGUUCUCCAGGAAAUCCAGGCUGGGAGACGACAGUGGAGCGACGGCUUCGAAGACAUCACAGUUUGUUUCUUUGGGGCCUCGGGACCCUGCUGCGGUCCACCAUCGCAAUCAUUAUCAUCGUCGUCUUUAUUGCCAGAUUCUAAACUCGUACCUAAAGUUGUAGUUCAAACUGCCUCUCCAGAUGAAAGCAGCAAUAACACAGACUUCUCUGGUCUCAACAAUGAAGACAUCUGUAAAUACAUUGACCGCAGCUUUGCUUUUUGGAAAGAGAAGGAGUCGGAGCUCUUUGACCUUGAACAAUAGUCCGCAGUUAAAUGUGACAGUUUGUGUUUGUGUAUAUUGAUAAGGUGAUAGGUACCAAAAUAAAAUUCUACUGAAAUCUA